AUGCUGCGACGUGGACCACUUCUCCUCGCGACGAGCAUCCCCCGCAGCGUCUGGGACCCGGCGCACUACAACAGCAACUGGUCCGACAGCUACAGUGCCGACAUCGCGGCGCGCCGCCACUGGCCGGCGAAAAAGUGGUCGAUCGGUCUGGAGCCGCGCACCCCGCGUGACUGGCUGCAGUUCUCGUACCGCAAUCUCGCCUACGCGUAUAACGGCGCCCUGCGUGCGUGCCAGUCAUUCCCGGAGAUGGUGGUCUACUACAAGGAGAUGAAGCAGCGUGGCGUGAAGGUGGAUGUAGACACCAUGAACGUCCUGCUCACACGCGCGGCCCGCUACGAGCGGAUUCAGGUGGACGACGUCUUCCUGUUGUUCGACGAGUUGACUGCGUUGGGCGCGCGGCCCGACAUCGCCGCGGUGGAGACGCUGCACACAGUACUCGACCACAGCGCGGCGAUGCCGUUCGCGUGGCGUGAGGCGCGGCGGCGGCAGCUGGUGGAGUUGUACAAUCACCUCGCCGCGGAGGAGGUGGC